GUUCAGCCUGAUGCCACCGCUGAAAUGGAUAGGGACUGGAUGCAUAUGGUGAAUCGCGCUAGUCUACAUUUGACUAGACUGAGGCAGAUGAAUGCAGCAAGGACUGCGGGAAAUGAUCAACAUGUUGCAGGACGACAAACUGUUGAAGUGGCUGGUGAAAGACUUGGUGUGAGCAGUGUAGACGAUCGUUCAAUGGAGACGACCUAUGGAACAGGAAUUCCAACUACAACUACGUCCUCCAGAUGUUCCAGUCCUACUGAUACUUCUAGCGAUUUUGGACUGUCUGCAUCCACUGAUUCGACCGCGAGUCCCUCAAUGAGAAGCACUACAACUACCUUCGACUUCCAUUCCCCAAGCCCGAGCACUUCUGCAAGUUCUUGGGUACGAGAAGAUCGCGGUGUGCCUCCAGUUAGAAUGCCUCCUGGGGGUGUGGAUAUUGACACUUUUCGCGUUGCAGAGUUGCGACGAAUAGCGGAGAGUAUUUUAAGGCUAGCCAAUCAACUCUGGAAGGACCAUCCGAUUAUAUAGAGUUAGUAAAAACUAUCUAUGCUGUAAGUGGAUUCUAAAUCUUCCGAAAUUAAUGGACUAAAAAAAUAAUACUUAUGCUAAAUGGAUUGAUUCAUUCCCCUUUGAAGUCAAAAAGAAGAUUUUAAGGGAAGAAAAGGGAGCCCGUUCAGGCAGGAAAAGUGAUUGACUGGCGCUAAGUAUAGCGGAAGCGCAUGAGGCUGAGAGUUCAGCGAGUGCGUCUGGAAUAUUUGGAGGUGGUUUGUGCUCUUCGAAUUCAUCUUUCACGAGUACUUCUGCUUCUCCUAGUAAUGGCGUGUCCUCGUCACAACUGGGUAGUUCAGCUUUUUCUGGUGGAGUGGUCACUGCAGACCAUACUACAUCUUAUCUUCAUACAAUGAACAUGAAUGAUAGCAGGAUGAUGAACA